UUUUAUUUUGAAGUACCGUUGACAUCGCGAAGUCGUUUGUGCUGAACAAGGUGAUUGAUGGAUGAGGAAAAAAAAAAUAUAAGACCGACUAAAGGUGUCCCGUAGCCUCAGUCAGUCAUGGAUUCCGCAUUUGAGAGGUACUCCUCGGAGCUGGUAGCCCGGGAGAGGAGCGGACACACGGCCGUGCUGGAGGAAAACAUGUUGUAUGUGUGGGGAGGUUACAUGUCAGUUGCUGAUGAUGAAGUUUUCCUUCCUAAUGAUGAAAUCUGGGUAUACGACAUACAACGAGGUGUAUGGGAAGUGUUUCACAUGACAGGGGAAGUCCCUCCCUCCAUGUCAGGGACCUGCGGCUGUUCCCUGAAUGGUCACAUGUACAUAUUUGGAGGUUGCGAUGACAAUGGACAGACCAAUCAGAUCUAUUGUGUCGACCUGACAGAUGCUAAAUACAUGUGGAGCAAGAUCAUACAUGAGAUCGGUGCUGCUCCCUCACCUCGGGACAAGUUGUCCUGCUGGGUUUAUAAUGGAAGGAUCAUUUACUUUGGAGGAUACGGUCACAAACUGCUGACUGACGUUGACAGCAGGAACCGAAGUUUCAUUGUAGAUGAAGCAUCAUGGGUGGAAGAUGUCUUCUGGGGAUGGAAUAGUGAGGUUCAUAUAUUUGACCCCAUGGAAGCCAGUUGGAACGAACCACAAACUCACGGACGUGCCCCGGCUCCCAGGGCUGCGCAUGCCAGCGCCACAGUUGGGUGUAGGGGAUAUAUCUGUGGAGGCAGAGUCAUGGAAACAAGGACAAAUGACAUUCACUGCCUGGAUCUUGAAUCGUGGACAUGGUCAGAAAUAAUCCCGGUGUCCACCACUCCAGUGGGCAGAUCGUGGCAUACGCUUACAACAGUCUCAGACAGCACCUUGUUCCUGUUUGGCGGUCUCAGUGUAGACUGCAAACCAAUGAGUGAUGGGUGGGUGCUUGAUGUUGAAACAAAGAAUUGGAGAGAAGUCGAGCAUCCCUAUAAGGAUAAGCCAAGGUUAUGGCACACUGCAUGUCCAGGCAAAGACUCUGAUGUUAUUGUGUUUGGUGGAAGUUGUGACUACAUCCUCCUUGUUGACACUGGGCACUGCAAUGAUGCACUUGUUUUCCAGAUGCAGCCUUAUCCUCUAUCCAGGAUUUGUGAGGAUUACAUUGCAAAGAAUGUGAGGACCUAUGAGAUGCUCAGAAAUCAGCUUUCUCUCCUGCCUUCCAAACUACUGACAGCAAUCCAGAGGAGGAUGUCGUUCUACAGGCCUUCAAAGAAACAAAAAUAUUAAUUCAACAAAUACCAUAUCAUUGUUUUAUUUAUGUACUGUACUCCAUCGGAAAUGCUGUGGGCUAGCAUUUUUUAUUUUUAAAAUAGCCAAAAUAUUUUAUGGUGUUAUAUUUUGUUGUUUAACAAAUUUUAUUUUGUACAGUUUGUGCUCUAACAAACUGCUCCAGUUAUAACUGUUCUGAUUAAAUGCACACU